GUUAGUUUCUGGUUGUUUGUUAUUUUGUCUACCCUGUCCAUUAAUCACGGAAGAUAUUUGGCGUUAUAUAUUUCAUAUAGCCUACUUUUAGAUUAUUUUAUCACAUGGACAUGCAGGUAGUCUCAGGAUCACCUGAGAGCAUCAGUCAGUCACCAGACCCCUCAAACUCUCUGUCGGACAGUAUCUCGAGCGCUCCUUUGGUAUCACGCAGCCAACCGGUAGGUGUCUCCCGCCCUCCCCUUCGGUCCCGCAACGUGGGGAACUACCUGUUGUAUGAUCCGCUGCAGGAGAACGUACUCAGAGCUGCGAAUGCUCACAGCGGAGAGGAGCUGGUGUGCAAGGUGCUUCCUGUCUCUCGGUACCGGGAGGUUCUGUGUUCGUACUACUGCCUGCCCCCCCACCCCAAUAUAAUCGAGAUGCGUGAUGUGGUUGUCGGGGACGCCCAUGCCUACCUGUUCUUCCCACGUUCCUACGGGAACCUGGGGGUGAUGCUCCAGGCCCAGUGCCGGCGGCUACCAGAGGACACAGCCAGAUACCUGUUCCGCCAGCUGGUGUCGGCUGUGGCACAUUGCCAUGACAAUGGACUAGUGCUCAGAGACCUCAAGCUGAACAAAUUUGUCUUCAAGAACAAGGAGAGGACCCUGUUGAUGCUGGAAAGCUUGGAUGAUGCAGUCAUAAUGCAGGAAGGAAACCUCUCCCCGAAUUGCAGCCCAGGACAUGGGGAUGUCUCUGGCAGUUUGUGGGUCUGUGCUCCGGCUACAGAUGUCUGGUAUCUGGGAGUGAUGCUCCACGUGUUGCUAUUGGGCUGCUACCCUGUUGGGGCUGGACUAACCCAAGAGGGGGCUGUACUAACCUCGCAGGCUCGCUGUCUGAUACGCUCAGCCCUGCAUUCUAACCCCACCCUCCGCCUCUCUGCCUCCGAGCUUCUCACACACCCCUGGCUGUCCACACAUGCACAGGCAUACACACAGGCACACACACCAGAUCAGACUGUACCCACCUGACACACACACGCACACACGCACACAUACAGACACACACACACACCAUGUAUAGAAUUUUGUUCUUAAUUUUCUUUUAUGCUAUUUUUACUAACACUAUUAUAUAUUGUUGAUUAACUUUAACCCUAUAGUUGAAUCAAAGAGUUUGGAAUAUACUGGUUAAAGGCACUUAGUCAUUGGCUCUUGAUAUGAACAUCAACUCACAGUAGCCUACAGCUCUUGAGUUUCCGUGUACCAUUUUAAUCAUUCCUAUCCAUUUGUUGCA